CAUGUUCUGAUCUUUUUUUUUUUGUAUUCAAUUCGGUGCUCAGCGUACACGCAUUGCGUGGGACGUUGUCCGCUAGUAGGAGGGGUCUCAGGCGUUUUGGGCCUGGGCUACAACUGCGGAGGAGAGAGCAGACCAGGCAGCGUGGUCGAGUCUGUAGCUGAAACCCGCGGGGGAAAAAAAAAAAGUUACUUUGAGUGAGAAAAGAGAGACCGAAAAUAUGUCCGGAGAAGACGAUCCACAAGAGCAGACCAUCGCCGAUGAUUUGGUCGUCACCAAGUACAAAAUGGGCGCCGAGAUUGCCAACCAGGCCCUGAAGGCUGUGGUGGAGGCAGCCAAGGCUGGUGAGACUGUUGUCAGCCUCUGUGCGAAGGGAGAUGCCUUCAUCAUGGCUGAAACUGGAAAGGUCUUCAGGAAGGAGAAGGACCUGAAAAAAGGCAUCGCUUUCCCAACCAGCGUGUCUGUCAACAACUGCGUGUGCCACUUCUCUCCGCUGAAGAGUGACCCUGAGAUCGUACUGAAGGGCGGGGACCUCGUCAAAAUUGACCUGGGGGUGCACGUGGACGGCUUCAUCUCCAACCUGGCUCACAGCUUUGUGGUGGGAGUGACCAAGGAUGCUCCGUUGACGGGGCGUAAGGCUGACGUGAUCAAAGCGGCACACCUGUGUGCCGAGGCUGCCCUCAGACUGGUCAAGCCUGGAAACCAGAACUCGCAGGUCACAGAGGCCUGGAACAAGAUCGCCAAGUCAUUCAAAUGCUCAGCCAUUGAGGGCAUGCUGUCCCAUCAGUUGAAGCAGCACGUUAUUGACGGAGAGAAAACCAUCAUUCAGAACCCCACGGACCAGCAGAGGAAGGACCACGAGAAGGCUGAGUUCGAGGUGCAUGAGGUGUACGCCGUGGAUGUGCUCAUUAGCACCGGAGAAGGCAAGGCAAAGGAUGCAGGCCAGAGGACCACCAUUUACAAGAGGGACCCAGACAAGCAGUACGGCCUGAAGAUGAAGACGUCCAGGAGUUUCUUCAGCGAGGUGGAGAGACGCUUCGACGCCAUGCCUUUCACUCUCAGGGCGUUUGAGGAUGAGGGUAAGGCUAGGCUAGGUGUGGUGGAGUGUGCCAAACAUGAACUGCUGCAGCCCUUCAACGUUCUGCAUGAGAAAGAAGGUGAGUUUGUGGCCCAGUUCAAGUUCACUGUGCUGCUGAUGGCCAACGGACCCCUACGUAUCACCACAGAGCUGUAUGAGCAGGAGCUGUACAAGUCUGAACACGAGGUAGAGGACGCAGAUCUCAAGGCCUUGCUCCAAAGCUCAGCGAGCCGCAAGACACAGAAGAAAAAGAAAAAGAAGGCUUCAAAGACCGUGGAAACUGAAACGGCACCAGGACAUCCAGCGCCAGCGAAGGUCGAGGAGACUGAAGCUGCGAAAUAAAACCUUCCACCCCCCCCAACCCUGUCUUCGUCUCCAAGAAUACUGACAGACAACUGACCAACCCAAAGAACAAACGUCAAUAAUCCCUCCAUCCUACCCUCCGUCUUGACAUGCCUGCCUUGUGGCGUGGCCUAGCCUUCUGUGAUGAAAACCUCCAAAUGUUAACGAUGUCAGACUACCGGGUGAUGGUGUUGCUCACGCCGAAAUUCAACUUCCUGUCACAUCCCUUUUCAAUAUAAAUGUCCUUGAGACAGCAGGGUUCUCCCCCAGAAUAGUCAACACGUUCGGUGCGAUGACGCUGAAAGAGAGGGAUAUUGAGUAGAACGAGGGCAUUUUCCGGAGUAGAUUCUGUGGGAGACACGUUUAUACCAUCCAGUCAUUGAGCCUCGAACUGUAAUUCUAUAAUGAUGUAUGAAGGCAAAGCACGACAGUGGAGGGUUUGAGAUGACUGCACUGCAUUGUGCCAAUGAUAAUUGUGUAAAGGAAAACCUCGUUUGAGGUCAUAAGCAAGAAGUAAUGUCUCUGAAGUGGAUGUCGGUGUGUCCUAUUAGGGAAUUAAAUGGGUAAUAACUUAAACCCUGCAUUAGUCUACUUAACGCUGUUAUAAACCGUCAUGACCGCAAAUGUUAACUGUCUACAUUGUCACACAAACGUAUUUACAGUGGAUAAGCAAACUUCCUAGCGGCAUACCUAGCUAUUUUACCCCCAGUUCCAGUUUGUGACAUAACUGUCAAAUCCGAUGCCGUGGACAUAUAGUCGGUGGAUUUUUAGAACGGAGUCGGAUAAGUGGCUUGCUCUCACUGCACAUACAGACAUUUGAUAUUCUUAUACCCAGUAAUGGAGGGUUCAGGUGUUCCCAUUAAAUGAUUUGUUCUGUGUAGGACGCCAUAAUUAAUUUCAUACUUCACUGGUACUACCACUGCCACAGCGCUCAAUGAAUUCCACCUAUAUUAAUCCGUGUUUACAUCAGUUUCCAUAGCUGUUUAAUACUUGAUACUUUCUAUUGUAAAAUAAAUCCCAUUUUCAGAGGCUAUUUUUUUAGAAUAAUCUAGACUAGAACCAUUACAACGCCGUAAUAUUGAGUUUGGGUGGGGCAUCUGACCAAAGGAUUUACUAACAAACUGCUGCACCACUAGUUCUUGUUGGGCUUUUCAUUCUGAAUAGGUUAUUCGAGGGAGAGAUCCAUCCUUGUGGAAAUGUUUCAUUACUAGGUUGAUGACUUUCUAAGUUUGUUCUCAUGAAAGAAAUGUAUCAUCUCUUGCAUUGUACAUGUGUGUGGGUGUAAUUCUUAAGUCCUUAUUUGGGAAGUAAUAGGGGGUCGUUCUCGCAAUACAAUUAGGCAUUUAGAAAGGCCUUUGAAAUUGUCAUGUCAGAAUUACAACCCAUCUCGGCGUCCGUAUUUUGCGUACUUGACUGAAAAGUAAAUGCCUCGUUAAUUCUGUGAAUAAGAUCCAUUGAUCAUCCCACUAUAAUCAGAUAGGCCUUUUGAAAUAUGGCCAUUGCUUGAUAAACUAACUCGACAGUUAUGACUGCUGACCCCUGCACUGGAUGUGGAAACCAUAUAUGCCUCUAUCAGUAACGCAAUAGAGGUAUUGACAACUGUUAAAAUAAUGUACAUGGUCGUUCUUUUUUGGGGAUUUAGAAAGAGGGAGUUUUUUUCUUCGUGGUUUGAAAUAAACUUUAAAACAAAAUAUGUGGAUGUGUUUGUCUCAAUAUUGUCUUAUGAAUCUCCCCCAUCUAAAAUAAUGUACAGAAUAAAUACUGUACAUGUAAUUACAUGGCUUUCUACACAGCAUAACAUAUAUACCUCCGUAAAACAGACAUUUUGUAAUUAUAUACAAAAAUAAUGUCGAUUGAGACAAGUCUUAGCACAGUUCAAAGCCAUAUAUAUUAUUGAUGAAAGAUGCAUCACAGAUAGAAGCAGGACACGGGUUAGUUAUACGAAGAAAUCGUUGAAAAAUCAUUGUUUGCAUUUCCCAGAGUUCAUGAGCGUCCAACAAUGAUGACGUUAUCACAGUUUAUAAAUAAACAUUCGAACAACUGUCACGGUCUUCUUGGAGACGGUGCCAUCUUGUAAAGACACCCCUCCAUAUCAUGAGGGCCAAGGUGUGAGUGUUGACGAGGACAAGGCUGGAGAUCCCUCUGUCAUGCUGAUUGAGUACGACUAACUGACUGGAAGCUUCAAAAGGAGGGUGGUGCUUCGAAUCACUGUUUUCCUCUGUCAACCAUGGUUACUUGCAAGGAAACACGUGCCGUCAUCAUUGCUUUGCACAAAAAGGGCUUCACAGGCAAGGAUAUUGCUGCCAGGAAGAUUGCACCUGAGUCAACCAUUUAUCGGAUCAUCAAGAACUUCAAGGAGAGCGGUUCAAUUGUUGUGAAGAAGGCUUCAGGGCGCCCAAGAAAAUCCAGCAAGCGCCAGGACCGUCUCCUAAAGUUGAUUCAGCUGCAGGAUCGGGGCACCACCAGUACAGCGCUUGCUCAGGAAUGGCAGCAGGCAGGUGUGAGUGCAUCUGCACGCACAGUGAGGCGAAGACUUUUGGAGGAUGGCCUGGUGUCAAGGGCAGCAAAGAAGCCACUUCUCUCCAGGAAAAACAUCAGGGACAGACUGAUAUUCUGCAAAAGUGGAGAAAGAAGCGUAUGCGCAGGCUGAAGCGCAAGAGGCGAAAGAUGAGGCAGAGGUCAAAAUAGACUGCCCCCUUACAAAACCAUGUCUGUGACCUUUCUCAUGGACACAACACGAGCACUUGGGAGAUCCUUGGUCCCAAGUCUGGAACAAGACACAGGCCAAUGAGAAGCUAUGAAGAGAUGGUGCUAUUGUUGGUCAACCACCUGCCUGGGAGAUUUGAUAUGGGGACAUUCUGUGUUCUUUACUCUUCUACGAAACCAUCCCUACUCCAUUGCUUUUGUUGAUAUUUUCACAAAGUUUUUGAUUUAAAAUUAAAUAGACUCAAUAUUGAUCUGAAACUGGGUCUAAAAAUGUUAAGAGGUCAUUAUUUUUCAUUAUGCCCAAUCAAGUUCAGUUGCAAAGAUUUGUAACGCUAACCUGAGGGGUAUCCUACGACGCAGGUUCAAGGUAACUUUGAACUCGGGAUAACCAGUCAUACUGAAGUGGCUCACCUUUUAGCUUGGUCAACUUAGGGCAAUGAAUUCUUAAACUAACCUGCUCCAGGUCUCGCCAACUAAUUGCCCAGAGUGAUUGAACUGAGUGGAGGCCUAAUCUGAUUAACCUCUUGCAAAGACUCAUUUGAUGUUUUAUGACAGAAUGCAUGUGAAAAUUAAUGCAAUGCAACACUGGCUUACAAAUAUGGGGGAUGCUUGUGCAUAAACACUACGUUUUUGACUGCUUCAAAAGGUUGGCCGCUUCGAUGGGCGUGACUAUUCAAACAUAUUUAGCUAAUGUGCCGCUAACAUACUAUAGCUAAGUGAAAUAUAAGCUAGCAUAAUCUAAGGCUGAGGCCGUUUGGAUGUGCUGACAAAUUCUCUAAAAUGAGGUGGUUUACGGUACAAAAUAAACAUUCCCUGGCGGCUAUUCCUGCAGUCAGUAACCCAAUUGCAUGCUCCCUCAACUUGAGACAUAAAGGAUCAGGUGCUCACUAACAGGGAUGUGAACCAUUUGAGAAAUAAACUUUUGGAUAUGGA